CAGUAGACCAAGCAGAUCAACUGUUCCUAUGCGGACAUCUCCCCCAGACUUCUCCAUCUCUUCCUCUAUAUAUAAAACGAUAUCGCCAUGAAAGCAGACCAAGAGAAAACACAGAGAUGGAAGGAAAGUGUAAGCACUGGGGCCAUAAGGAGACGAGAGGGGUAUGUCCCUAUUGCCUGAAAGAAAAACUGGAACAACUCACCAUGGCUUCCUCCAUGGCUUCAUCGACCACCAUUCUAUCUUCCUCCACGGCUUCAUCAGCAGCUUGCUCUUCUUAUAAAUCAUCUUCUUUCGACGCGUCUCCGAGAAACAGACAUCACAGUAAGAAGACUCUGCUGUAUUUGUUUAAGGGAGGAAAGGAGGAGCCUCUGAGGAGGAGCAGUUCGCUGGCGUUUCCCAUCGGAGAAGGAAAGGAGAGGAAGGAGGAGGAGGAGCAGGAGAAGAAGAUUAAGAGGAGAAGUGUGAGAUCUGGGAGCAUGUUUUGGGCGAAGUUCGUGUCCGCAGGAGAGGGAAGAAGGAAGGAGAGGAAAUUGGAAGGGCUUUAUCAUUCAAAGACGGCCAAGGAGAAGCCUUCUUCCAGAUGGCCUAUCUUCGUUCAGAAGAAUUUAAAUAAGAUAUAUGGCUCAUAUAGCAAAUAAAAAACAAAUGUUGGA